AUGCUCACUCUGCCAUCAUUGACAACAUCUAUUGUGCCUCUGGCAUUGCUAAUGGCGUGUUGCAACGCACAGUCAGACCCAAACGCAAAUCUCACACUCCGCUUUUUCCAAAACCCACAAGAUGAGAACUCCUGCAGCUACUCAAACACCAGCGCCGCCCUCACCUUCACCACAAAUAGUUAUCCGCGUCUAGCCCACUGCUUCGACAUUAGCGAUCUCUUCGGCAGUAACACCACAGAGGGCUUUGUCAAUCAGUCCCAGCCUUUCAGCACCUACAACCAUACCAUCUCACAAGGUAUAAACUACACCCUCUUCAACAGCGACAUCUACGACCCUUCUGCCAACUAUUCAUCCGUACUCUAUCGUCAAUCCAUACCGCAUGAGGAAAGACAAGUCGUCUUUGACUCCGGCAAUCCCGCCGAUGGAUUGAUCACUCUCUGUCAAGAAACAGGAUGCAGCAAUUCUACUGGUCAGGAGUGGCAUGGAUUUACUUGCUUUACGGAUGAGCAAGGCGAGUGUGGAACAGCUGGGUUUGCGAUGAAGAGUUUCAAAUUCGAGUCGAGAAGGUCUUCCGAUGAUUAUACCUGUUCCAUUUUUUCGAGAGACAGAAAGGGUAAUAGUGCUGCUGUGCUAGGAAGCACGCAGGCGAUGUCUUGGGGUCUGUUUGUUUCGGGGCUGGUUGCUUACAUGAUGGCGUAA